GUGAGUGUAGUCACAUGAUCAAAUCGGAGGGAAAAGCUGGCAGCCAUUUACCUGUUCUAUAAAAAAAACGAGUCCAAGUUCACUCUAGUGCACCAGCAGGUUAAAAGAGGAGAGACUGAAGUGAAAGAGAAAGGGACUCAAUUCCAUAAAUUGAUCCUGAUUUAUACUGUAGGAUUAACUGCUAUUUGAAUUUUCGUCUGCAUGUAUUUCAUAAAGGACUGAAAAGCAUUCCUACAUUAUUAAAAGAAGUGAACUGUGAACUAUCUUAUUUAUGAUUUCUUGUUUAUUGGAAUACAACACAGCCGUAACCAUCCGGGUUACAGUAUUAUAGACUAUUUUAACAGAAUUAUACUUUAACCCUUUCCAACUUAGAAGCAAAGUGAAAAUGGCUAUGUGCAAACAGCAUAAAACCAGAACAGCCUGCGAGUAACUCGCAGUCUGUUAAGGUUUUAUGCUGUUUGCUGCUCAUCAGUAUCUAAGGGUUGGAACUGAAACCUUUAAACAUUGGGUCUAGUAAGAAAGACCUUCAAUAAAAUGCAACUUUCUUAGGGACUACAAAUGCGUCAAAAUACGUAUCUAAGUGGUAAAGGGUUAACUACAUGUACUUUAACAUGUAAAACUUCAUACACUAGAGUAUCAAAAUUGGCGACAGGUUCAUUGUCUAAUGUUGUGAAACGUUGGCCUUUGGUUGAAAAGCUUUAUUGUACAUCUUGUGUUUGAAUUUAUCCGUGUUUCAGUGUUAAUUUUAACUUCUAAGGUUGAUAAACUUUUGGAACUAGCUUUAUUGUUUUCAUAUUUCACAAGAAAUAUACUUGAACGAUACGAACAAAAAGGUUUUAACAUUAUAAACAGUAACAAAAUGGCAACAGGUUCAUUGUCUUCAGUUCCAAAACGUUUUCUGAUGGUUGAAGACUUUUCUUGCACAUGUUGUUUAGAGCAGAAUCUUACGGAAUCUGCAGACAUUUAUUGUGAACAAUGUUUAAGGUUUUAUUGUAAAAAAUGUGUUAUCCUGCAUAGUCAGUUGUUUACAAAACAUAUGACAUGUGGAAGGGAGGAUAUUAAGAAAUGGCCAGUUUCUAAGGCGGUGGAAGAUUUUCUCAGGAAGUGUGAGGUGCAUGAGGAUGAAACACUGACACAGUUUUGCCAUGACCACAGUCAGCUGUGCUGCUCUGCAUGUGUUGGAACAAUUCACAGCCAGUGCAGUAAAGUGACCCAGAUUUCGGAGCUGACCAACACGCAGCCCUCAGGCCUAGAGGGGCUGUCAGUGGAGCUGGAAACUGUCCUGGGGGAAAUUAAAACCCUGCAGAUCAGUCAGGAGGCCAGCAUUCAGUCAUUGCAGAGAACAUACAAUGAACAUAGGGAAGUUAUGAUAGAGCAAAUGUGUGGCAAUUUAAAUACUUAUAUAGAUGAAUGUGAUAAUAAUUCUGUGGGUACAUCAGGCGGAAAUGAGCAAUAUUUAAAAGAAGAGAUAUGUAGGAAUGUUGUUUCUAUCGUGAAUGAAUUUGAUAAUAUUACUGCGAAGGAACUUAACGAGAUGAAAGAUGAAGUUAUAAGCAUUAAAGGGUCAGUUACAAGUUCUAUUCAUAAAUGCACCAGUGUUCACAAUGACUUGUCACAAUUCCAUGAAAUUGUUCCGAAAAUUGGAGAUCAUAAGCAGCUCUGCCUUAUAGCCAGCAUAAAAUGUAAGCAUAUAAUACAGCAGGCACUGACUCUGCUGGGAAAGUCAGGCAAGGCGUUUAAUGUCCAGAGUAAUACUAAGCACAAUGUGAGAAUACCAAGUGAUUCAGAUAAAUGUUUGAUCACAGGCAUAUGUGUUCUGACUGAUGGGCAGGUGCUGGUUGCAGACAGGCGCAAUGAGAGGUUCAAGCUGCUGAACCAGCAGUACCAGGUGGUGAGUCACUGUGGUGUGGCUGAAUAUGUAAGGGACAUGUGUCAGAUCACACCCAGUGUGGUUGCAGUGGCUGUGGAUGAUUAUAAUAACACACAUAAUGUCCAGUUUAUCACAGUCACCCAGAGCCAGCUCACUCUUGGUAGGAAGCUUGAGUUACAACAUGGAUGUACAGGUAUUACCUGCCAUCAGGGAGACCUGUUUAUCUGCUCUGGUACUGCUCUGUUCAAGUACACACUAUAUGGCAAACAGGUCUGCAGACUCUAUGAAGAUAGGUCGUCUGUUAAUACAGUAGAGAAGUGUGCUGUGAGUCCCACAGGAGACAGGCUGUACAUCACCAACUGCUCCCAUGACAAGCUUCACACCCUGGCCAGGGAUGGCACACUCCUGGCUACAUACACAGACCCAGCACUACGUGACCCAUUUGGUGUACAUGUGACCCCUGCAGGCCAGGUGCUGGUCUGUGGAAACUAUUCCGACACUGUACAACAGGUGGGCUGGGAGGGGCAGAGUAAGCUGGCUACUCUUGCUAGACGGGAAGAUGGAGUGAGGAGCCCAUGGUCAGUCUUCUACAGCAGCACAACAUCAUCCAUCAUUGUGGGACAGUUGGGGAGAGACAACAUCCUGGUGUUCAGAGUGGAAUAGUGUGUACAUUCGCUGCUGAGUCAGGACAAGGAUGCCAAGGAUGUGGUGGACAAGGAUGACCUGAAUAUACAGAAGGAGAGCCCCGGUUUUGAUAUAGAGUUGGUAUGGCAACGACACCAGUCGGGCCCACAGAAGCCUCAAGUCAAGCACGACCCCUCCCCUGACCCCUAGCUUCUCCCAUUUGACAUCCAGCUUCAAAGGGUCAGCAUCGUUGAACAAAUUCCUCCUAUAGAAAAUUUUGAGCACAAAGAGUUUUCACACAUGGUUCUCAACAACCACAAUUUUCGUGUCGAGUGAUCCGCACUUGAGCCUGAUUGGUUUGUUAGACCCGAGUGCCGGAGAUGGGACAACCGUUACAGACACAAGGACUUAUUGCAGCAGUUAUGGCAACAUGUACAGUCAGUUCUCAAUGUUGUACUUCACAACUAAUAUCACGAUAAAUACAAAGUUGGAUAACUCGUUCCAUUCUUUUUGGGACAAACAAUACAACGGAAAGUAACAAGAGAAAAUCAAGGAAUAUAUGUAGAUUUUUAGUCGGAAGCGUAUGCUUACCACUGGGAUACUCCUGGACAGUUGUAACUUUACGGACAGUCCCGGUUUGUCCUCAUAGGUGUCCAAACUGUCCAAAGAGAACGCACUUUUGACGCAGUUGCUAACAAAGAAAGGCAGCACAAACUUUGUUGUGAACACUCAGAGCAUCCAUGGCCAUGCCUCAGGCGGGAAGUUCGACCAACAGCUGAAACAAGGUGCUAAAGGUGAACCCAUCAGGGUUUGUAACUUCCCACUCCAAUCCUAAACAGCCUGGCAUUGAGUCGGCACUUGAGAAGGCGUUGAAAAAUGACAGCAGUUUUGUUGUGUGGUCCAGUAUGCCCUUAGGCUCUCAACCAGAUGUUAGGUAGAACUCAAACUGUGCUCUUAGCAAUAUCAGCGAGGCUAGAAUGUCAUAUCUGCAUCUUGAGCUUCAGAAAACAUUAUAAGCAAACAAGACAAACAUCAUGAAUGUUUAGGCAAUCCCAAUCCACUUAUACUACAACUCGCUCAGGAAAUUCAGCACGCCACCUUUUAACAUCUUCUCACAAGGCGCUAAAUCAACACUUCCAACAGCUGAGCCUUGGUGAGUUCCACUUUCAUCACGACGAGUCACUCGAGAUGAAACAAUCUGAUCCACAGAUAGAGCAGACGCUGAGUGACUCGUCUCUUAACGUGACUGACCUCCAUAUGUUGCUCUCUAAUAAUGUGAACGUGACGCCUGAGGAGCAGUGUUGUCCUACAUUCCCUGUUCAGAGCGGUGACUUAGGCGUCAAGACUCACACAAUCUCUGGCUAUGGCCCUAUCGCAGCAGCAACAAAAACAGGAAGUAUUUCAGCUGCGCUCUGUGACUUUCAAAUUAAAGAUGACUUCACAACAUGACAUCCGAGACUGCAGGGAUGAAAUGAGUGUCCUCACUUCAGCAGAGGACGCCAAGACACAUUACGAGAAUUUCCAGCAGCUUACCUGCUUGAUGUUUGCCAGUCUGUCGUUGGGUGUGUUGGUAGACCAGUUGAUUUCCUAUAACUAACUCAUCAACGAAUUGAUCUAUUGGCUUGAUACUUCACGUGUGCAUUGGUCUUGGACAGUAGAUGACCUCUAUUGAAAUUGGGGUCACUACUUCAAAGAAAACCUGGGAAGCAGAGCAAUGAGUAUGUCCCAGGAGCAUUUGCAGUCACAGCAAGUGAACCAGCGGCAGUCAUCGUCUCCAGAUUCUGAGAUCCCCAUGCUUCACAACCCUUAGUCUAUGAAAAUCAUGCAGAGCGAACCUUGGACGUCCAUUGACGAAAUCAAACCGGCAAAUCAGAAGGACAGCCUGUUGCUACAGUUGUUAUCAUAUUAACCCCAGUCAUACCGAAGAAGCUCAGAGAUAUAAAUGCUGUUUAAGAUGUGCUUGUCUCUGCAUACUCCAUGUCUGGUGUGAACAUGUACAAAUAAAGGUCUGUACAUACCCCAUGUCUGGUGUAAACAUGUACAAUUGAAGGUCUCUACAUACCCCAUGUCUGGUGUGAAAAUGUACAAUGAAGGUCUCUACAUACCCCAUGUCUGGUGUGAACAUGUACAAUUGAAGGUCUCUGCAUACCCCAUGUCGGGUGUGAACAUGUACAAUUGAAGGUCUCUACAUACUCCAUGUCUGGUGUGAACAUGUACAAUUGAAGGUCUCUACAUACUCCAUUUCUGGUGUGAACAUGUACAAUUGAAUGUCCCUACAUACUCCAUGUCUGGUGUGAACAUGUACAAUUGAAGGUCUCUACAUACACCAUGUCUGGUGUGAACAUGUACAAUUGAAGGUCUCUACAUACCACAUGUCUGGUGUGAACAUGUACAAAUAAAGGUCUGUACAUACCCCAUGUCUGGUGUGAACAUGUACAAUUGAAGGUCUCUGCAUACCCCAUGUCGGGUGUGAACAUAUAGAAUUGAAAUCUCUUACAUACUCCAUGUCUGGUGUGAACAUGUACAAUUGAAGGUCUCUACAUACCCCAUGUCUGGUGAGAACAUGUACAACUGAAGAUCUCUACAUACCCCAUGUCUGGUGUGAACAUGUACAAUUGAAUGUCUCUAUAUACCCCAUGUCUGGUGUGAACAUGUACAAUUGAAGGUCUCUACAUACCACAUGUCUGGUGUGAACAUACACAAUUGAAGGUCUGUACAUACCCCACGUCUGGUGUGAACAUGUACAAUUGAAGGUCUCUACGUACCCCAUGUCCGGUGUGAACAUGUACAAUUGAAGGUCUCUACAUACCCCAUGUCUGGUGUGAACAUGUACAAUUGAAGGUAUCUACAUACCCCGUGUGCGGUGUGAACAUGUACAAUUGAAGGUCUCAUCUUUGAAAUUGGGACAGGUGGAAAAUUGAUGCAUUGAUGCAGACAGAAGUCGCAUAAUGACAAAUCACAACAAAAAGUGAAAAUCCAGACAGUCGUGUGGCCAGCCAUGUUUUUAUGUGACCAUCCAAGUUGUGUUCAAAGAAAACAAUAUUUCUUUUUAAUUGGAACUAUGAUGCUGAUAGACAUUUUAUGUAUAAGGCUUUUAUGAACUAUAUUUAAAUACUCAGUAUAAUAAGAUUAAGAUUACUUGAUAAAAGCAAUAAUGAACAAUAUUAUUUUAAGAGCAAAAUUAGCAAGUCUAUCCAAUUACUGUGUCUGUAUUAUGAAAUUUUAUUUUGGAAAUGUUAAGGAAAAUAUAAUGUUACUAAAUAUAUGUCUAUUAAUGUUCAUUUUAACAUUUGUCAAAGCUGUUUAAAUGAUGCCGGUAACUUUGACAAAAUUGAAAGAAAGUGUAUUCUUUUCAUGUAAUGAGACAUGCUUCAGUUUGUUUUGGCUUAACAUGUAAUAUAGAGGUGGUAGUAGGUUAAACACAUUGUUUAGACAGGUGGAUAAUUUUAAUGCUAAGGCUUUGAUAACUUUAAGUGUGCCCAGUGGUGUCAGGUGUUUUUGUCAAGCAUCUUGUUUAUUAUCUUAGUAUUUCAAGACAAUAUUGAUUAAUUUUAGACAAAAUCAUUUAAUCUUCCUUAAAUUGUCUAUUCGGUAUUUACUACCAGUUAUUUAUUAAUUUACUUGAACAUGAUUUAAUAAUGACUUUUUUGUUGCUUAAAAUGCUUUAGAUCUAUAUGUUUUAAAACUAAGCAUUUAAAAACGAAAAUAUAAGAUGUGGGAAUAAUGUCUAAAGUUAUGAUAGUUAUUUUUUGUUUUUGUAAAGUUAAUUAUGCCUUAUAUGUUUGUGCAUAGACAUUUAGACGACCAGAUUAACCUGACCAAGAAUUCUUGAUCAAUGUGUAUAUCGGUCACUUCAUUUGUCAUUUGUAUAUAGAGCGAUUGCGAAAUGAUCGUAUUGUUAAUGAAAAUCAUGCGUUUAUUGUUGCCAUUUUGAUUUUUGCUGUUAACAUGUAUUUGUACAAACAAUUUUCAUCCUGUACAUCUUUUAGAUGCCAGAUAAUAAAAACAAACAUUGCUUGUUGAGAUGCUCAUUUAAAACUUUCUUAAUGAUACAGAACAACACAUUCUGAAGAGGCAAAUAAAUUAUGCUUUAGGCAAAAGGAACAUCUUGUUACUAGUAUAUGUACUGCUUUUCAUUAGAUAAAGUCAACUAUUGAAAGAUUGGUUUAACUUUUUUUUGCAUUAUCUUAAGAAAAAUUAAUAUAUUCUACUUGGAAAUCAGUCAAUUGCAAAUCAAGCGAGAGUGAUUUAACAUGCUAACACUUGUCAAUAAUUGAAUUGUCUCUCUUUGUACAUAAAUAUAGGGAUGUUGUUGCUUGAAAAACAAAGUUGUAUCCGUUGUUAGAUAAUGCUUUUGUUUAUCUCUCAACAUAACAAGUACAUUCAUUUGUUCAUCUCUCAACAUAACAAGUACAUUCAUACAGUUAUUAAAAAUAUGACACUCUUAAUUCUCAGCCAUCAGUUUGUAUUGGGAUGUUGUGGAAUACUUACUAAACUAAUAUACGUCUGUUUAAUGAAUGAAUAGCUAUGGUACAAUAUGAUACUCAGUGUUACAAAACAUGUGUAAUAAAAAUAUAAUGUCAUUUAUUUGAAAUCAUAAAAUUUAGUUGUCCAUACAAUGCUUACAGUUUUGCAAUUGCGAUGAUAAAGGAAAUGUUCUGCUCAAAAUGUCUUUUUAAGACAUGUGAAAAUUGUAGCAAUCAUAUUGUACUUGUAUUUAUAAUAUACAUGAUAAGAAUUUACUUAUGGCUGAUGAUAGCGGCAGUUUACUAUUUGUGUAACAGUUUGUUCCACUCGACCAUUAGACCGUAUUUCCUUAAACAUGUGAUUGUUUAUAUUGAACUUAAAUUGAAUGCAUGAAACAUGAUUGUUCUGUUGCUUAACAGCUGAAAAUAGCUUGAUGUUUGUAAAAUUGUAUGAAAUGUUUCAAAUAAAUCAUAUUGAUUACAUAAAUAAAUAAAAUUACAUUUUGCGUUACUUUGAAUGCAUAACAAACAAUUGUUACCAUACAAUCAUAUUAGUAUUGAACUUAAUUAAUACUUUUAGAUGCAAUUUUUACAAUAAUAUGUUAAUAUUGUCAUCCAUUCCAAAUAAGCAUUGUGCAUUCGUAAAUAUAGGGUGUAUAUACACUGCUUAGAUGCCUUUUUUAAAUUGCUUGUGUACGUCAUAUUGAUUAAAGACUCUUAUGUAUUGCAUA